AUGGCGACGGCGGGCGUCCCGCAGCGCUUCUGCCGCUGCGCCUGCUUCUGCUCCGAGAACCUGUACGUGGCGCGCUACGGGCUGCACGUGCGUUUCCGGGGCGAGCAGCAGCUGCGCGCGGACUACGGCCCCAUCCUGCGCAGCCGAGGCUGUGUCACCCCCAAGGACUUCCAGCAGCUGUUAGAAGAGCUGGAGCAGGAGGUGGAGCGGCGGAAGCGCCUAGAGCAGGAGUCGGCUGCCAGGAAAGCCCUCAUCGCCAGCUCCUACCGCCCGGCACGGCCUGAAAUCUACAACCCCCUGCAGGAUGUGGCUCUGGCCCCCGAGUUUCUGGCCGCAGCUGAGUACAGCGCCUCGCCAGGUGCAAACCUCAAGGGCCUCCUCCAGCGGCUGGAGACAGUGUCGGAGGAGAAGCGGAUCUACCGGCUGCCGGUGUUCACCGCGCCGUUCUGCCAGGCGCUGCUGGAGGAGCUGGAGCACUUCGAGCGGUCGGACAUGCCCAAGGGCAGACCCAACACCAUGAACAACUACGGGGUGCUGCUCCACGAGCUGGGCCUGGAUGAGCCGCUGGUGACGCCGCUUCGGGAGCGCUUCCUGCGGCCGCUGAUGGCCCUCCUGUACCCGGACGGCGGCGGAGGCUGGCUCGACAGCCACCGGGCCUUCGUGGUCAAGUACGCCCCCGGCCAGGACCGAGAGCUGGGCUGCCACUACGACAACGCCGAGCUGACCAUCAACGUGUCCCUGGGCAAGGCCUUCACCGGGGGCGCCCUGUACUUUGGGGACCUGUUCCAGGUGCCUUCGGCCCUGGCCUCGCCCCUGGAGGUGGAGCACGUGGUGGGCCAGGGCGUGCUGCACCGGGGCGGCCAGCUGCACGGGGCCCGGCCCCUGGGCACCGGCGAGCGGUGGAACCUCAUCGUGUGGCUCCGGGCCUCCGCUGUGCGCAACCGCCUCUGCCCCAUGUGCUGCCGCAAGCCCGACCUGGUGGACGCCGAGGGCUUCGGCGACGGCUUCACCCGCGAGGAGCCCGCCACCGUGGACGUGUGUGCGAUGACCUGA